CUACGUUUAUCUAUGGUAUAGUGGCGUUCGUUUUCGGUGUGGUGGUCGAUUUAUCAAUAUUUUCCAUAAUAUUCUGAUUUUAAGGCGGGAACACGUAAUAUUCAGUUAAACCGCAAGCAAAAUGAGCGUCGAAGAAGAUGUAAUGAAAAUACAGAAAAAACUAACAAAAAUGACUUCGGACGAUGGAACUGGUCAGGAGGAGGCGUUAGAACUUCUAAAAACUCUUCAAACCAUGGCCAUCAACCUGGAGGUCCUUACCAAAACAAGGAUAGGUAUGACUGUCAAUGCUCUACGUAAAUCUAGUAAGGAUGAGGAAGUAAUAUCUUUGUGUAAGACUUUGAUUAAAAACUGGAAAAAGUUCUUGUCAACACCCUCUAAGGACUCUGGAAGCUCUUCCAAAUCUAAAAAAGAUGGCAAGGAUAAGGAGAAGAAAGAAGAUAAGGACAAAGAGAAGAAGUUGCAAGCAUCUUUCCCACCCCAGUCCAACACUACUGAUGCUGUAAGGCUGAAGUGCCGUGAACUUCUCACUCAGGCUCUCAAGAUUGAUGGUGAUGCCCCCAAUUCCUGUGCCACUCCGGAAGAGCUAGCUGAAGAACUUGAAGAAUGCAUUUAUGCUGAAUUUAAAAAUACUGAUAUGCGUUACAGAAACAGGAUUAGAUCACGAGUUGCAAACCUGAAGGAUCCUAAGAAUCCUACCUUGCGCACAAAUUUCCUAAAUGGUGUUGUUUCAGCUUCACGUCUUGCUAAAAUGACUCCUGAUGAAAUGGCCAGUGAUGAGAUGAAAAAACUGAGAGAGAAAUUCAUUAAAGAAGCUAUUGAUGAUGCUCAGCUUGCUACAGUCCAGGGUACUAAAACUGAAAUGCUCAAAUGUGGUAAGUGCAAAAAGAAGAACUGCACUUACAAUCAAUUACAGACAAGAAGCUCUGAUGAGCCGAUGACUACAUUUGUCCUUUGUAAUGAGUGUGGCAACCGUUGGAAGUUCUGUUAAGACUGCUUUUAAACAAGAGUAUAAUGGUGUAUUCAUUGUCUGAAGUGAUACACUAUUGUAUCCAGUUAUUAUACUAUUCUAUUUACAAUGACAUAAAAUUUUGUGUUUCUGUGUUAAUUGCAAUAUGACCUUACUACUGUCACUGACAAUGGAAUCAUGUUGAGUAGACAAGGAAACCUUAGUUUAACUUAAAUAAAUUAAUCUGCUUUAAGUGAA